AUGGAGAUCCAAAGGUGCAUAGAAACCAGGGCAAUGAGAGAGGAAAUCAGAGAGGCAGAGAGAUGGGGACAGAGACUAAGAAAGGACAGAGAUGAAAAUACCCAGUGGGUAGCUGUGUUUCAUGGAGAAAAAAAACAUUUAAACUUCCUGAGAAGGACUGUGUUCUGGCCCUGUGGGCCUCCUGGGAAGAGGGAUUCUUCGGCUUACCUGAGGUGCUGGGGAGUCCUAAGUCUCUGGGCUUUCCUCACUGAUAGGUGGAAAGCCCGGGGGAAAAGGUCACCUACGACACAGACUUUCCCCGUAACCACAGCCCCAGAAGAGGCCUUCAUGCCAUCUCCCGUCCUCCCAUCUCACUCCCCUGUUUACAGCCCUCCAGGGAACUCCAAAGACCAGCCACCUGGCACUAACUCCCAGAACGUCAUCCCUCAGGAUGAGCCACCUCUCUGCGACUUUAAGUCUGGGAACAUCACGCGAGCAAAUCGGCGCUGCCUUUCCACUUGA